GACAAGAGAUACUGUGACGCACAUUGUUGGAAUAAAAGUCGCUAAACAGUGAACAUCGCGCUCAUUGUAAUCAGUAAAAUCACGAAAUUAAUUAAAAAUAGCAUUAAACAGUAAUAUUAAUCAUGUCUGAACAAGUUUCACCAACUACAACUAGCUCAUCACAAGAUGAAAAUCAAAAUAAAGACACUCCGACAAAGCGAACGCCAUCAAAACGCAAGAGUCAUAUUGAGCGUAUUCAGGAAGAAAGCAAAGAAUUGUUGAAGAAUAUGGGAGUCGAGGAAUUGAGCGAUACACGCUCAAGUCGACGAACUCGAUCGAGUACGAAACAAACACCUAUAACUCCUGUUACACCGCCAACUCCAAAGAGAACUCCAACAACUCCAAAUUCGUCGAGACGUGGACGAAAAAAAGAGGAAUCGAUAGCUUCCGAGAAUAAUGUGGAAAGCUCAGAGCCAUUGUCACCAAAAGUACCUCCUCGAAAGCGACAAAAGCUUUCCGAAACGAUUAAAGAGGAAGAAGAAAAGGCAACAACAGAGGAUAAUGAAGUCAAUGAAUCUACUGAAACUAAAUCUGUGGCUCUAGAAAGUGUAAAAGAAAAGAUCGAGGAACCAGAAAAGAUUGUUGAAUCCUUAACGGCGGAAAAGGAAAAAGUUGACGAUAAGAAAAAGGACGAAAUUGAUGCUUCAAAACCAGAAACAUCAGAAAAAACUGACGAGGAUGUUAAAAUGGAUGUCGAUGAGCCUAUUGCUGAAAAUAAGCAAGCUCCAAAAGUGGAAGAAAAACCUUUAGAAGUCGCUGAAAGUACCAGCGAAGAAGAAUCAACUAAAAAAGUACAAGAACCUAUUGUCGAAGAAAAUAAAUCACUGCCUGAAAAGUCAGACGAAAAUGAGGCUGAAGUAGCUUCAAAAGAACCCGAAAAACCAAUUGAACAGACAAAUGUUGAAGCUAUGGAAGUCGAUUCGUCAUCAUCAGCUCCAGUUAUUAGCGAAAACAUAAAGGAACCUGAAAAAAUUGAAUCCAACAAUGAAGUUGUUGAGUCAAAAGAUCUUGAAACAACUGUAUCAUCAGACAAAAAGGACGAGGAAGUAAAAGUUGACGAUAAGGAAGCUUCAUCUAGUAUUGAAAAAAAGGACGAGCCUGUUCAAUCAGAAGAAUUACCUGAACAGAAAGAAAUUUUGGCUGAAUCGAGUCCUAUCGAAGAACAAGUCAAUCAGAUUGAAAGCACUACACAAGAACCAUCAAAAGUAGUAGUGGAUGAAAAACCAACGGAACCUGAAAGCUCAACAAUUACAAUUACGGACGAAAAGGAUGUAGCGGCAACUUUAAAAGAAAAUGAUAAUGUUACAGUCAACGAUGUCGAAAAAACAGCAGAGCCAUUAACACAAGAAGCGUCAAAAAAGCUUCCUAUUUCAGCUGAGGAACCAGUGGAAACAAUUUCAUCGUCAAAUGUCGAGACAACAAAAAUUGAGACAUCACAACAAGAUGAGCCGAAAAUUGUAACUGAAACUGCUGAAUAGAAUCACGUCGCACAUCUCACUCACUUCUUAAACUGUUGCAAUCGAACGACAUUUUACAGUGAAAACACAAUAUGAACCUACCUAAAAAAAUUAUUACAUUAAAAUUGAAAACAAUCAUAUCAAAUUUCAGCAGACAUUAAAAAAACGAGGAAAAUCGCCAAAUUAAAUUUAGAGAAAAAUGAAAAUUCCGAGAAAAUAUUUUGAAAAUUAAGAGAAAAAGAUUUUUUUUUGCCAUAAACAGUUUAAAUAGUUAUUAGGAAAUUAUGUUAUAUGUUGUAAAUAACAUAAGCUGUAAUUUUGAAUGAAUCCGGUGGUAAAUUGUAAGAAAAUAAUGCUUGUUAAAUUGAUCAUCUUAAAGUCUGUCGUAGAACACAAAUCCGGAAUAACAUAAAUCAUUUUUUUUUCAUCUCAAUUUUUUGAUAAAUCUAAUAAUUUUGUUAACAAGAA